GCCUCUGAGCUUCCAGUUUUGAGAAACCUCCCGAGAACGGCCGGCUCGGGCUGAUGUUGAGGCAACGCUGCCGGUCGGGAGGCCGAGGGGCAGCCGUCGGGUGAAGCGGCCGUCGGGAGGGGCCGGAAGCGGCUGGGCGGCCGAUGCUGGGACGGAGCUCGCCAUGGACAAGAUCCUGGAGGGGCUGGUGAGCUCGUCGCACCCGCUGCCGGUGAAGCGCGUGAUCGUGAGGCGCGUGGUGGAGUCGGCGGAGACGCCGCUGAGCGGCCCGCAGUGCCAGGCCAUGUUCGCCCUCAGCACCCGCCUCAUCCUGCAGGGGCCCGACCAAUUCCAGCGUCAGGUCGGGCGGCAGGUGCUCGAGGCCUACGCUCGCCACCACCGCGACGACUUCGAGGCCUUCUUCACGGGCGGCCUGGUGUUGGCUUUGCUUCAGGGGGGAGGCCCGGCGUCGCUGGCCCGGUCCCCUCGCCUCGGGCCUAGCUUGGACCCGGCCGUGCUGGAUUACAUCCAGGGCGGCCUGCGCCUGCUCAUCAGCUGCCCGGCGGUGCUGGAGCUGUUCGCGCUGCUCCAAGGGGAAGCGCUACGGCUGGUGGGCGAGAGGCCCCCGGCCCCGCUGUGCGCCCGCCUCUGCCAACUCCUGAGCGACUUCCCGCAGUGCCUGCCCCGCGGCAGAAAGCCGGCCCUCGCCUUCUGCCAGCAGCUGGUGCGCAGCAUCGCCCACUUCCAGACGCAAGGCACCCGCGAGGCCGAGCUGCGCCUCUACGUCUCCCAGGUCACCCAAGUCAGCGGCCUUCUGCACAGCAUCUGGAAGGCAGAGCCCGACACGCUGCUGCCCUCUUUGCAGGAACUCUUCGCCAUCAUCUCCUCCACUGAUACUACUUUUGAACCCUCGGUUGCCUUGGCAAGUCUUGUUCAACAUAUCCCAUUACAGAUGAUUACUGUGCUCAUUGGAAGCCUUACCACAGAUCCAAAUGUCAAAGAUGCAAGUAUGACACAAGCUUUGUGCAGAAUGAUUGAGUGGCUGUCCUGGCCAUUAGCUCAGCAUGUGGAGACCUGGGUGAUAGCACUGUUGAAAGGACUGGCUGCAGUCCAGAAGUUUACUAUCCUUAUUGAUGUUACUUUGCUUAAGAUUGAACUGGUUUUUAAUCGACUUUGGUUUCCUCUUGUGAGACCUGGUGCUUUGGCUGUCCUUUCUCACAUGUUGCUUAGUUUUCAGCAUUCUCCAGAGGCUUUUCACUUGAUUGUUCCACAUGUGGCCAAGUUGGUAAAAUCUUUCAAAAGCAAUGGCCUGCUCUCCAGUGCAACAUUCUUGGGACAGCUCAGUGAGUUAAUACAUUGUAUGAUGUAUCAUUACUCUGGAUUCCCAGAACUCUAUGAACCUAUUCUGGAAACUAUCAAGGAGCUUCCAAAACCCAAUGAAGAGAAAAUUAAGAUGAUACUGAAUCAGAGUGCCUGGACGUCUCAGUCCAAUUCCUUGCAAUCUUGUUUGUCUAGAUUUUCUGGAAAAUCUGAAACUGGAAAGACUGGUCUAAUUAACUUAGGAAAUACAUGUUAUAUGAACAGUGUGAUUCAGGCAUUAUUCAUGGCUACAGAUUUCAGAAGACAUGUAUUAUCAUUAAAUCUAAACGGGUGCAAUUCACUAAUGAGAAAGUUGCAACAUCUCUUUGCAUUUUUGGCUCAUACUCAGAGGGAAGCAUAUGCACCUCGGAUUUUCUUUGAGGCUUCCAGGCCACCCUGGUUCACCCCUAGAUCCCAGCAGGAUUGCUCUGAAUAUCUCAGAUUCCUGCUAGACCGGCUUCAUGAAGAAGAGAGGACCUUGAAAGCUUUGUCUUCAUCAAAGCUUCCAGAAGAUAUGAAUGAAGAGUCCCUAGUUCAAGAGGUAUCCACCAAGACACAGAUGCUUACAAAACCAUCUUGCACAGCAAGGGAGGAGAGAACCUUGAUAGAGAAGAUGUUUCGAGGGAAACUGCAAACAAGCAUAUGCUGUUUAAACUGCAAAAGUACUUCUCACAAAGAAGAAGCCUUCACAGAUCUCUCGCUUGCUUUCUGUCCUCCAAUAUUCUUAGAAAAUGUUGACCCGCCAAGUGCAGAAAAUGUGUCUGAAGGGAAAGAUGAUUGCAUGGAACAAGUCAGUACUGGGGCAUUCAGUCCUGUGGCAGAAACAGUUUCUGAUGGUCUAGCAGUUGGUGACUGCUGUGAAAUGGUCACAAGCGACGGAAUGUUGAAAGACCUACCCAUCGACUCAAACUGUGAAAACGCUGCAGAUCCUUUUCUGUGCAAGGCUGAAGACAGGGAUAGUUUACAGAAGCACAUCAGUGGAGCUACUCCCUCAGUUACUGACCUGCUGAAUUAUUUUCUGGCAACUGAGGUUCUUAAAGGGGAUAACAAAUACUAUUGUGAAAAAUGUGCCUCUCUACAGAAUGCGGAAAAAACUAUGCAGAUUGUGGAGGAGCCAGAAUACCUCAUUCUCACUCUUUUAAGAUUUUCAUAUGACCCCAAGUGUCAUAUUAGGCGCAAAAUCUUAGACAAUGUGUCUCUUCCCCUUGUUCUGGAGUUACCUGUCAAAAGAACUGCCUCCUCCUUAAGUCCAGUAUCAGGCAUGUGGUCAAUGGGUGUUGAGUUUUCUGACACUGGUGAGAAUCUAGCUAAGAAACUCAAGCCUUCUGGUGCUGAAGAAGUGGUUUGCCCUCAACUGGUCCCCUAUGUAUUAAGUUCUGUAGUCGUGCACUCUGGCGUAUCUUCUGAAAGUGGGCAUUAUUAUUCUUAUGCCCGAAACAUUGCUAGUUCAGGGCCCUCAUUAGGAUCUUUUGAUCAAGCCCAAAGUCUGACUUUAGCUUAUCCACAAAGCAAUUUAAUGGCUGGAGAGGCUCCAGUUGCAGCUGUUGAAAAGGAACUGGAUGAAAAUGAGGUGUCAAAGGAGUGGUUUUUAUUUAAUGAUAGCAGAGUGACAUUUACCUCAUUUCAGUCAGUCCAGAAAAUUACAAGCAGAUUCCCCAAGGACACGGCUUAUGUGCUGUUAUACAAAAAACAGAACAGUGCUAAUGCUCUCAGCACUAAAUCGGCCAAUGGGCUCUGGGUUAAUGGAGAGCCUCCUCUUCAGAAAGAUCUUAUGGAUGCCAUUACAAAAGACAAUAAGCUAUAUUUACAGGAGCAAGAGCUCAGUGCUCGAACACAGGCCCUACAAGCAGCCGCAGCUUCAUGUUCCUUUCGGCCAAAUGGAUUUGAUGACAACGACCCCCCAGGAAGCUGUGGGCCAACUGGUGGAGGUGGCGGGGGAGGAUUUAGUACUAUUGGCCGGCUCGUGUUCUGAGGAAGGAGAGUGUCAGAUGCAUUGGUUCCCUAAACAGCUCCUACUACUGCUUAGGACUGUUAUCACUGAACUGUAUUAAAUAAUGUACCAAGCCUUUUUCAAGAUGUGAUCUUUGUUCUAAAGGGAACGUUUGUUUUUUAUUUGAAAUAAAUGAGUGCAUCAUGGAGAAAUCUACCUCUGAAAUUCAGUUGUUUUUAUGAAAAGAUAUCCUUGGCCAAAAGAGGAGUUCGAAGAUUUUUAUUACACUAGUUUAACUAAUAAAAGCACUUACAAGAUGUAAUUCCAAAUCCCUUGAUGAAGAUAUACUUAUUCUUUGAAAGAUGGUUACUCAACUCCAACAGUGUGUGUGGUGGAUUUAAUUUUUUUCCAUAAAUCUAUAAAUCCUUAAAGGCACUAGCUAUGGUAACUAUAAAAUAAUUGAAAAUCCAAACUGUUAACAAUGUAAUCCAGGAUAAGAAAUAUUCUAAUUUACUAUAUUUGCAUUACAGGUACAUAUGUACAGAAGUCACUUUAAUGUGCUUGUUAAAUCACUUUUCUAAAUGUGCAUGGUCUUGUAGGAACGAAGUUUUUAAGUAUAUAAAAAAGCAAAGUUUGUAGUAUUUCUAAUUGCUUUGAGGAUUUUAAAUUAUUUCAGGGAGUACAUCUGUGUUUUGAAGGAAGAGACUCUGUAUGUGCCUUGUUGUACUGUAACAAAGUACAAAACUUUUUGAGGCUGCAGAAAAGUGAGAUGUUAAUUUCUUGUUUAAUAUGAAGUUCAUGAAUUUUUGAAAAGUGUUAGCUUCUCCAGAAGUAAAGUUUGUUGGUUCUAAAAUUA